GCACGUACUCUACAGUGUUUUAUUUCCCUUAACGCUUUCGUUGUUACUUGGAUGCGAGGAAAGCAUCCUCUAUAGCGCAAGCAUUUUGACUGAGAUACUGAAGGAGGAGCGAGAGAGAUGAUGGAGGAUGCACAAGAGUAAGAGAAGAGAGGGAGUUAGAGGAAAGAAGGGAUCUCUAAUAAUCUUGUUUGACAGAUCAGACUGAACGAGAUCGGUGUAGGAGUCCAAUGAGGAUAUGGAGUGCGUAAAGUUAAAACCACAUCAUUUGUUUUCAUGCAUGAGUGUGAGGAAUAACAGAAAAGGCGCAAAUACAAAUCGGAAGUGCAAUUUGUAGUUUGGUAAACCGGAGUUCUGCAUCACUAAGCACUGCGAGGGGAUGUGGUCUCGCGCAAAUGCAUUUUUGGAGACAUCUGUAGCCACUGAAGUUCUGUAGUAAGUGCGCGUUUUUGUGAAUAAGGUUAAGAAGCACUAUAAACGAGCAUUUACGCGCAACUCUGUGUCCAUAACAGAUGCCGACUAUGCAGACGCGCGCCACCGGACCUUUCAUAUCCAGUUGCGCGCAAAAUCAUGCGCGCUUUACCUGACGAUGCGGAGGAGUGAGAGCCAGGAAUCAGAGGUCCGGCGGAGCCCAUCACUGGACAGCGCUGAGUCAGAGUAUACCCGGGCAUCCCGACGGGGUCACCAUCUGGCCGUGGGGGCUUUCUAUGGUUCCCGGGGGUCUAAUGUCAAAAAUCAAAGAGACGGCGCGGUGGUUGCAGUCCCGCCUGGGGGGAAACCCCAGGAGAAGCGCGUGUCUCCCGGUGGAAAGUACGUUGUGUUUUAUCUGGACUUGUCUUUUGUCUUUCUUCUAGAGUUUGAGAAACUGAAAAUGGCACGUGGAUGCCUGUGUUGUGUCAAAUACAUGAUGUUCCUGUUCAACCUGCUGUUCUGGUUGUCGGGCUGUGGGUUGCUAGGUGUGGGUAUCUGGCUGUCCGUUUCCCAGGGCAGUUUUGCCACAUUCUCUCCAUCCUUCCCAUCACUCUCCGCUGCAAAUCUGGUCAUUACCCUGGGCUCGGUCGUCAUGGUAACGGGCUUCCUGGGUUGCCUGGGUGCCAUCAAAGAGAACAAAUGCUUGUUGCUGAGCUUCUUUAUUGUCCUGUUGAUCAUUUUGCUGGCAGAGUUGAUUCUGCUCAUCCUUUUCUUUGUGUACACGGAUAAGGUGAGUGAGAACGCUAAACAAGAUCUAAAAGAAGGCCUGAGGCUCUACAACACGGACAACAACAUAGGCCUCCGCAAUGCUUGGAACAUUAUACAGGCCGAGUGGCAGUGUUGUGGUGUUACUGGACACACAGACUGGCACGAUGCCCUGCAGGAGAAAACAGUACCUGACAGAUGCUGCCAGGAACACUACAGAGAAUGUGGACGCAAUUCCACCAAUGUCUUUUGGUCUCAAGGCUGUUAUGAGAAGGUUGAGGAGUGGCUGAACGACAACAAACAUUUGCUGGGAACUAUCGCUAUGUGUGUGCUGGUCCUGCAGCUACUUGGAAUGGCCUUUUCCAUGACUUUAUACCAGCAGGUUCACAGAGCAGGAAAGAAGUACGAUGCCUAGAAAGAAUCCAGUGUUAACCUACAAAACUUCAAAACUCCUGUGUUAUUUCACACCCGGUUUGAUGCCAUCACACACUUUAAUGCAGAGAAAGGAACAUUAAAGCCUUUCAGAAUUAAUUAUAUAGUGCUGACUGUAGAUAUUUUUUCACGACUGCUGACUGGCUGGUAUUUUUUAUUUUUUUGCAUGAAAUAUAACAAGGGGAAACAAUUAUGGAUACCUGUGCUUGUUGGGCCACAUAGUUUUUGUCAAUAUCUUUUUCAGCCUGGAAAUGGUUCACCCAGGUCACUUAAGAUUGUCGGUAUGAGAAACACUGCACGCAAAAAGGAUAUGGUCCCUAAUUUUCCUCCUGGACGCUUAUGUAAACAGACACAGUUCCCUUUGCUGAUGUAAUAUAUCAACAGCAUGCUGUAUAUAUUUCAUAUUCACAUAAACCUAAUGUAAAACUGGGAUUGUAAUGUAAAAAAGGGAUUGUUUUAUUUUGGGUUGCGUGUUGUCGGGAAGAAUUUGGGUCAUGGUGUCAUCCCACAAUAUACAAAAAUUUUCGUAUUUUUUGUCACAAAACAAUAUAUGUAAAAAGAGCUAUCAUGUUUCCAUUUUUUUUUUUUUUGCAAUCUUUUUAGCAUUAAAUAUAGUUCCAAAU